GAAGUGCGACCCAACUAAGAUACAUCCAAGUUGUGGGUUUGAUUGACUGUUAAGACGCCACAUGGCAGGCCAUGGCAAAAAUAACCAUCAAGCAACUCGUUCUUAGUGCGUCACCACACACACACACACACACACACACACACUUGUGUCAUGGCAGCGGAGUGUAUUCCGGAGGGGCCCGAUUUUAAGGAGCUGGGCGAGGAGGAUCUAUGGCAGUUGAUCAACGAUAACCGAUAUCGUAUCUCCAUGGACGUAAAGCCUUGUAUGCUGAUUCCCUACCUGCGCCAGGCCCGGGUACUCACAGAGAUGGACGAAGACGAGAUCCUCAGCUGCCACCAGCUAAAAAAUAGCUCAAUGAGAAUCAGUCACAUGUUAGACCUGUUGCAUAUCCAGGGGAGGAAUGGUGCAAUGGCCCUGCUGGAGAGCCUGAUGAUCCACUAUCCCAGCCUUUACACCCAGGUCACCGGCCGCAAGCCCAGCACAGAGGCCUCUGGAUUCAGUGGUCUGAUUAAGUACUCAGAGUUGACUGAGUACCUCGUCAAGGCCGUCACUGGAAUGCAGAAGGAGUUACAGGAGGCUCGGCAGGAGGCCUGUCGCCUGCGGAUGGAGUGCACUUCCCUGCAGACGAAGCUAGGUCAAAGCCUGGAGCAGGGGGAGGAAUCCUGCCGUCUCCAAGCCGAGUACAACCGUAUGAAGAAGCUCCUAGCAGCCGCGCAGCGCGACAUCAUAAAGCUGAAGGAUGAGAAGUGUGACCUGUACAUGAACUAUACAGCCGCCAUCGAGGAGAGGUCGUCCGCCAAAAUCCUCUGCCAAGACCUCAACCUGCAGGUAUACCAGCUUCAGUUUGAGCUGCGCAAAGCCCAGACGGAGACAGACUUCGAGAGGCAGCGUUCGCUGAAGUGUACCUCCGCCAGCGAAACGCAGCAACUACGGGAGGAGAUCAGCAAUCUGCGCAGGCAACUGCUGAAGACAGAAAAAUUCACCCCGGCGCGUGAGGAUAUCCUAGACCAGGACUUGGCUGAGGCCAGGGAGCAGCUCCGGUGCUACAGAGAGGAGAACGAGCAGCUGGCGAGGGAGAACAAUCAGAUGGCGGAACAGAAGGAGUGUCUGUUACUGCAGGUCCGGAAGGUGUCUCUGGAAUGUCAGAUGUACCAGAACAAGUGUACUGUUGUCCAGAGCCAAAUCAGGGAACUACAGGCUGAGAGAGACCAUGCCUACCUGUCCAGAGACGAGGCCCACGCCCAGAUAGCCCGGAGCCUGGCCGAGAAGGACACGCUGCGGAGCCAACUGCUGGAGCUCCAGGAGAAGGUCUUCGCCUGGAAGCCCUGCACCGAGAGCCCCAGGACCCCAGGGGGGAGGGAGUUCAGCUGGGACAGCGAAGAGUCCAACACUGACAGUCUUCCUCACAGCCCCCCAACUCGCCCUGUCCUCCGCCGCAUGCACGCAAUAUUCCCCGUUUCCAUGAGGAGUUGCCGCAUCGAGUGCCGCAGCGUCUGUUCCCAAAAUGCAGAGCCCCCAUGCGCAGAGUCCCUGCGCAGACGCUCAGAGACGGCUGACUGUGACUCCUUACUGGACAAUGACUCUGUGAUAUUCCCAAGAGGAAAUGAGGUUGAGCAAUCGCCUGAACCUUCCUUCAAUGACAACAAGAGAAAUAGCCUCUCCAGGGCGUCAGCCCCCCCGUUCCUGCUGCGCUCCCGGCCCCGGGCCAUGCGCCUCACGGGCCGCGUCCUGACCAUCUCCUUCCAGGGGGAGGCGCUGCUUGGCCAGCUGCAGGUGGUCGGAGGAAACAAGACGGGCGUGUUCGUCCACCAGGUCACUGAGGGAUCGGCCGCCCACGCCGUAGGCAUCUCCCCUGGGGCACAGAUACUGGAGGUGAAGUAUGAGCAGGCACAUCAGGCUCUUAGGAUGGUGCUGGAGGACUCCACCCUGGAGGAGGCCAUGUGGGGUCUGGGGCAGGUUCAAGGCUUCUGCCACCUCUCCCUACGGCCCAACCAAGAUGCCUAUGAGAAGCUAAUGGUCCAGCUGCAGAGCGGAGAGGCCGCAUCAGGCGACUCCUUCUAUGUGCGUGUCAACAUGUCGCUACCGGGAAGCACGCAGGGCUCCCUGGCCGUCUCCUGCAAUGACAUCCUCCACGUGACCAGCACGUUCCCGGUGGGCAGCGAGGGCUCCUGGAACGCCAGCCACGUCCACUCCUGCCAACUGUUGGACCUGAAAACUGGCACCGUGCCCAACUAUUACAGGGCCCAACGCCUGCUGAUUAGAGCUAUCGAGGACAUGAGCUUUCAACCUAUCACUUUCAAAAAGGGGGAACGUUGUCACGCCCAGGAGAAGCAGAAGGCAGUGAGGAUUGUCAGCACUGGGAGACAGGGUAGGAACCCUCUUUGGGUGUGCGUGGAGGACAGCCAAGAGAAGAGCUCUGGCCCAGGGGAUGCCUCUGCCUCCCGGGGUUGUGUGACCCUCAUGCCCUACACCCUGGUCACGCCCCACUACCCGCCCAUCUGCCGCCCCAUCCUCCUGCUACCCACAAUCCUCGGCCGGGCCCUGGAUAGCAAGCUGGCCGAGUGGCAGGGCUUUCAGUUGUGCGAACCAGAGGUGCUGACCUCCAGUGAGCAUGCGGCCAGGCUGCAGAGGUCGGAGGUGCUAGAGGAGUGCGAGCAUGGCGGUCAGCUCUGCUACACUGUCCAGGGCGUUGACAGGAUCAUGAAGCAGGGCACCCACUGUGUGCUACCCCUGGGCCUGGACUGUAUACGACGCCUCCACCGGGCCGAGAUCUUCCCCAUCAUCAUCUUCAUCGCCCAGUCCAAGGUCAGCACACGGAGACUCAGGUCCAAGGUUCAGCGUCGAGGCUGGUCUGAGGAGCAGCUGCUGGAGUGUUCCCUCAACGAGGAGCCCCUGCUGGACAAGCUGCCCUGCCUCUACCGCAGCGUGAGCCCCAACUCGUGGUGCGACAGCACCGCCCUGCUCACCACGCUGCGCUCCAUCAUCUGCGAGGAGCAGAAGAAGAUUGUCUGGGUGGAGCCCGAUUUAUGGUAGCUGUACCGGGACAUAUGAGGCAUCAGCGCCGAUGAUUGGUUGGCGAGUUCCUGGAGGCCAGUUUGGUCCUUUUUAUCGGACAGUAUUAAAUGCAUACAAGUGGACAGGACAGAACUCCCGUUCUAAUCCAUAUUUCUAUGCCAUUCGUCCUAUCCAACAGGCAAAAGCCCUGCACAUUUAGCACAAAUGAUUCCUAAUGUUAAAGGUAGUCCUACGACGAGAUGACUGCAUUUUGGUCUGGGUCCAUUAACUUAUGUUUGUUGGUGUUUUCUAAAGUCUCUGCUUUGUUGUAUUGCUCUUGGGAACAGUUUCUCAAUAAUUAUGUCAUCGCUUCUUCAACUCUAUACCUGAGUCAGGAAGUCUGAAGAAAACCCCUGUUAUAAAGAUGAUAUUGUUCUA